GAGGCACUGCGGACCAAUGGGAGGGAGGCUGUGAGGAUGCAACAGUGAUCCAGGAAAAAGUCAGUCCAUUGUUCCUGGGCCAUUGAAGGAGUGUGACCUCCCUGCUGCCGGCUCCCGCCUGCUCAGACUAACGGCACGCCAAAGGACGGAGUAUCCACUGACAGAUCAGCAAUGAGCGGAGGAGUCAAUGUGAAGUCUGCUCCCCGGACUCUACACUCAUCAGGAAGUCCACUCCCUGGCAGCCUCUUACCCUGCUCACCUAAAGCAGACUCCCGCCGUCUGCCAAGUGACCUGUCCUCUACACACAACCCUAAAGACAAACCCACAUCUUCUGCUUUACCUUUCCCACAGAGUUCUGGCAUUCCCAGCCCAUCAUCCAGACACCUACUGAAAAGUCAGCUCCUCCGGCGGGUUCUACCUGUUCCUCAAGGUUCACGCUCCGCCUACAGUAGCCCCCUGACAAAGCGCAGACUUCCCCCACACUCUAAAGACACACUGGACCUGAGGAAAUCUAGCCUGGCUCACAUUCCUGCACUAUUUCUGCAUGAUGCCAAUCGUAACAGACACACCUUCAGCAAUAUGGACCAGACAUGUGGAAAUGCACCACUGCAACUCAGGAAAAGAGACAACUCCAACACCAAUUCCCAGGUGGGACAUGAGAUAAAAUCAGAAAGAAAGGAGGAACAAGGGCUUGGGGAAUUGCAGCCAGUCCACUCUGACAUUUUAAACAAUGAGAACAUUGGCCCUGCCCUUACUCAUACCAUCAGCAACAUUGAGUUGGCCAUCAAAGGUCGGAGCGACUCCACAAGCCAAUCAGAUGAAGAGAUGGGGACUCCAGAGGACACUAGUCCUGCUUGUUCUCCUGGUGUUUUGCAACUGCAGCCGAUCACAUUGACAAUGCCGGUUAUGUACGCAGAGAUGCAAAUGGCCAAAGUCAACAUGGCUGCUGUGGCUCCCUUCAGUUACAGGUUGCAGGUGCAUGAGAGAGAGCUGUCACUGGAUGAGCUGAGCGACUGUUCGUCUGGAUCCAUAGAAGUCUGCUGCGACGACCUCACAUCAGGAGGGAUGCUGGAGGCUAAUGUGGCUAACAUUAGCAUGACUGCUAAGUCCAGACAGCUAGACCUCAGGUCUCCAGCUGCUGGCCAGGAUACGGCAUCCCAGGUCAUGGCGACGAGGAAGCCUCAGGCAAAGCCGUCUGCUCUGGCGCAGACAGCCUCUCGGCCAUCGGGGUCAGAGCUCAAGGUCUAUCGGCCCACCUCUGGAUCUAUACCCAUUCCGAUCCCCAACCCAUCCAGGCUCCGCAAGCAGCAGUCGCUUGGCAACUUAUCUGUGCUCACUGAUGCUGAGAAGAAACUUCACCUGUAUCAGUCUCCUCACUGGAAUGAAGACACAAACCAGUCUGGCCCAGAGCCACACAAAUUGGGCCAGACUAAGAUAGGUCAGCCUGGAGCAGGGAGACUGCCGCUCUCACGGACACUCUCAAAGUCUGAACAGUCUUUAUUUCAAGGGAAGUCCAAACCUGUUAGUUCUCCAGCUGUGACUCCUAACUUGGGUAAGCCCAGUAGAAUUCCCGCACCUGGAAAGCCACGAGGACCUUAUGCUGAGGUCAAACCCGUCAGCAAGGCCUCUGAGGUGAGUCAUAAUGCUGACACAAGCUCUGUCCACCCAACUAAAGCUACCUCUAAUGAAGCUGCAGGUACUGGGGCCAAUGGCAAGAACCCAGGAGAAAAGGGGACAAUAGCAGCUCUAUCAGAGCAAGAGAAAAAAGAGAGGAAGGGUACGGAAGGAGAAGAGGACAAGACCUUUCUGAAGGUGGACCCAGAGUUAGUAGUAACAGUUCUGGGGGAUUUGGAGCAGCUGCUGUUCAGCCAAAUGUUGGAUCCAGAGUCCCAGAGGAAGAGGACCGUGCAAAAUGUCCUGGAUCUUCGUCAGAAUUUGGAGGAAACCAUGACGAGCCUGAGAGGGGUGCAGCUCAGCCACAGCUGUGUGGAAGGAGGCAUGUGUUACGACAGCGAUGAAGCUGCUGCCUUCUCCAUUUCCAGUAUGUCAAAUCGCUCUUCUCCUUGUCUUGGGCGCCAUGGCCAAGCCAGCCCCCGCCUGCAGGCUGGCGAUGCCCCCUCCACAGGAAACACCCAGGCUGACAGUCCACUCCGAAUCAGCCACACAUCCCGAAUCCACCUCAUUGAAGCCCUGGGCAAUUCCGAUCCGUCCCUCCUGAAGGGAGAUUACUUCAGUGACAGUGACCUCGGCGGGAAGAGCCCAACUGAAGAUGAUGAAGACGAUGAUAUUGAUGAUCUGGGGAAUGGUUGGGCUGAGAGCAGUUCCAUCAGCAGCGGUUUAAGUGACAGCUCAGACAACCUGAGCUCUGAAGAGUUUAACACAAGUCCCACUCUGAACUCACUUCCGACCACGCCCAUUGGGUCCCGCCGAAACUCAGCCAUAGUGCUUCGUACAGAUGCAGAGAAGAGAUCGCUUGUGGAGAGUGGUCUGUCUUGGGACACUGACACAAAACCCAACCACAAAAGCCACGGAGGCGGUGUCUAUGACACAGGAAGCCUCAAGACUGAAUCAGCCAAUAAAUGGAAAAAAAACAGGCAACAAGGCGAAGGGCUGGAAGGAGGGAAGGGAGAACUAAAGAGACCUCAGACCUUUGGCCAAGCCAACGCAUUAAAGAAAGGAGGACGGAACCCACCUGUAGGCGUAACAUCGCCGAUCACGCACACCUCUCAGAGUGGGCUGAAAGUAGCAGGUGCAGUGAAGUCAGAUGGAAAGCCCAUGGACAAGUCUCGCUUAGCAGUGAAGACUUCAGGUCUACAACGAUCCUGUUCAGAUGCUGGUAAAGACCACCGGAAUGGCACAGGUGUUGGAGAGCAACGUAAACCUCCAUCCGGAUUGGUCAGACCUUCUACUGGUGGAAACUUUGGCUUUAAGAAGCCUAACACUGCUGGUAGUAAUAGUGUUAGCAGUACCAGUAUUCCUGGUGGGAUCACCACAGCUGGCACCGCCAUACCCAUUGGCUCUGCAACUGUGGGUAAGAUUCCAAAGAUGUCAGGUAUUCCUGUCAAACCAGGAGGAGGUGGAGGACGCAAGACGAGCCUUGAUGUGUCGAACAGUGACCAGAGUGGUUUUCUCUCUCCGAAUGCCAGGACGUCUCUGCAAUACCGCUCUCUUCCUCGCCCGGCUAAAACAAGCACCCUGACCCUAACCCGGCCAAGCUCAGCUCGUCCAAUGAGCACAACUACGGACACAGGAUGUGGGCUGGUCAAACCCUCUAAUGCAUCAUCCCAGGGCUCAAGGCUUAAAGAACCCUCCUCAGGGUUGAGUAAGGCAGGGUCGUGUGGGAUCCCAAGUCCCAGUCCUGUCAAUCAAACGGACAGAGAGAAGGAGAAAGAAAGGGCUAAGGCUAAAGCUGUCGUGUCUGACUCAGAGUGUGGCGGAGCAUCUCUGAAGGCCAGCCACGCCCAAACUCCUUCAGAGAAUGGUGGGAAGCUGCAGGGGUUGAGACCUCCAAGCAGUGGCAAGGGUACAGAUCUGCCCUCGCCCAGCACACGCAGGUUAUCCGCAGUGCGCAGCCUGGCAAAGCCUCCAUCCGUGGCUCAGCUGGAUAAGCUAAACUCCAACAGCUUGGAGAUAGGAGUUCAUGAAUCCCUGCCUCCAAAAAUUCUUCCCUACUCUAAGCUCCAAGACCUGGUCAGCUCAGCGGGAAGCCCUGUGAGUUCCUGCCUGACCCCCAGCCCAGUGCCUUUACUCAGUGUCAACUCUGCAGCAUGUUUCUCAAGCACCGGCACAGGACUGGGGCCCAGACAGGUCUCUUCGCUUGGCGUUGAACGGGGCAGCGGAAGUGGCUCCCCGGUGCUGUACCCUCGUCUGUCGGGUAUGCACCGCAGCAUGGAGUCACUGCCCCUUCAGAUGAGCCUUACACCAGAGACCCAGGAGACGGAGAAGGAUACAGAGAGUUUGGGCAGAGGCUACACCUGCACAGAGUCUCGAGACAGAGAUAGACAAGAAGACAGAGGCCCGCCUCCCAGCUGGAGCUCCCGGAGUAGCAUGUCACUUACGGUCACAGACAGUUCUCAGAGACACAGAAACACACUGCCAAAGAAAGGUUUAAGUUUCUGUGGUGCACCCCAGGGUGAGGAGGAAGGAAUGGAAAAAGGCGAGAGGAGACAUUCUCAUACUGUCCUCAGCAUGUCAGACUCUCUCACUCUUUCGGUGCUGUCCUCACCCACCUCUCUACCGUGCACCGCUAAGACCAGCAUAGCUUGCAGUCCUGUUAGUGGACCUCCGAGGAUGACUCGCUCUAACAGCAUUCCCACGCACGACGCCUCUCUGGAGAUGUACGGGGCGUCUCCGCUGGGAAGCACACUGUCGCUCUCUGAACGGCCUCACAGCAUAGGAAUGGUUCAUUCUGGAUCCUUUCGAGACAAGGAGUCUGGGGAUGAAGUUCAUGGGUCUGUUCUUUCCCUCACAUCCAACGCUUCAUCCAGCUAUUCCUCGGUGAGUUUGGGCAUCAUGGAGACUCAGGCUGAGGAAAGGAUUCAGGGAGAGCAAAUCCGUAAACUGCGGAGAGAGCUGGAAUCGUCCCAGGAGAAAGUGUCGAACCUCACGACACAGUUAUCAGCAAAUGCAAACCUGGUAGCUGCCUUUGAGCAAAGUCUGGCACUGAUGACAACACGGCUCCAGUCUCUCUCACUGAGCCACGAGCAGAAGGACACAGAGCUGAUGGAGCUGAGGGAGACCAUUGAAGCAUUGAAGAGCAAGAAUGAAGAAGCCCAGGCUGUCAUCCAAGGAGCCUUAAACAACCCAGACAACAUGAAAGAUGUUCAUAUUCAACGUCAAAAUUCAUGUGAAAGUAUCUCCAGCCUGACCAGCAUCUCAAGUCUUGGCAGCUUAAAGGACCAAGAUGCUAAAAAGAAGAAGAAAAAGAGCUGGCUGAGGAGCUCCUUCAACAAAGCAUUCAGUAUUAAGAAAGGUUCAAAAACCUACUCGGACAUUGAGGAAAUCGCCACCCCUGACUCCUCAGCUCCCAACUCACCAAAGAUGCCUCAUGAAGGAUGUGAGAGUCAACCAUCUUCACUCAAAACAUCUGCCUCUGCCAUGUCCUCUGUCAUGAUGGAGGCCACAGAAGAGCCAGAGAACGAGGUAAAAGCGGUGACAGAGCUACGCUCUGAACUCUGGGAAAAAGAGAGGGAGCUGACGGACAUCCGGCUUGAGGCCUUAAACUCCGCCCAUCAAUUGGAACAGCUUCGAGAAACCAUGAACAGCAUGCAGUCAAUGGUAGAGAACCUAAAGUCAGAGAAUGACCAUUUGAAAACAGGAAGUCAGCCCAAUGUGUUUAGCUCUGGUCCCACCUUGUCCACCUCACAGCCAUCAGGACUGGCUUCUCUACUGGGUCCUUCAGCAAGGCAUCCGAUGUCCCUCACCAAGUCGUUCAGCCUGAGUUUGAAUGACUGUAAAGAUCCACAAGAUGUAUAUCCAGCUGACACACUCAGCGUGUCUUCUCAGCGAGACGAAGUUUGUGCACGUGUGCUGGUGCGCAUUGGUGAUGAAGCUGCGGACAAUAAGCAGCAUGAGUUCCAUGUGGGCUCAGUGUUGGUCAGUGGGAGGACUGACUGGACAUGUCUUGACUCCCUCAUAGCCAAAACUUUUAGAGACUACCUGAUGCAAGUGGACCCAACAGCCAGCCUCGGUUUGUCCUGUGAGUCACUGCACAUGUACCAGCUGACCCAGGGAGGCCAGCGGAUAAUAGGAGGGAGCAAACCACAAGCAUCACCUUAUCACUGUCUCAGUAGUGGUCCACCUCGUAUAUUUGUCACCCUGAAAGGUCUCAGAGAAAAAUGUGUUGACUCCCUGGUGUUUGAGACUCUGAUCCCAAAGCCCAUGAUGCUGCACUACAUCAGCCUGCUGCUGAAGCACAGGCGUCUGGUUCUGUCGGGCCCCAGUGGGACAGGGAAGACCUACCUUGCUCAGCGACUGGCUCGCUACCUCCUGCAACGUAGCCAGGCUGACUCACCUGAGGCUGAUCAUGAUCCUGCUGUCCUAGGUCGCAGCGCUGCCAUUACCUUCAACAUGCACCGUCAGUCACAAAAGGAGCUGCAGUUGUACCUGUCAAAUCUAGCAAAUCAAAUUGACAGAGAGAACGGAGGAGAGGUUCCACUGCUGAUCAUCAUAGACGACAUUAGUGACACAACAGCCAUCACUGAGCUUGUUAACGGAGCGCUCACCUGCAAGUAUCACAAGUGUCCCUACAUCAUUGGAACAACCAAUCAGCCUGUUCGGAUGACGUCUAAUCACGGGCUCCACCUCAGCUUCAGGAUGGUGAUGUUCUCUAACAACGUUGAGCCAGCUAACGGGUUCCUCCUGAGGUAUUUGCACCGCAAAGCUGUAGAAGCACACCAGGAGGAGCAGCAGGACCCAGCAGGAUGCCAAACUCUGCUCCAUGUACUGGACUGGAUCCCUCAGCUCUGGUACCACCUACACACUUUCUUGGAGAAGCACAGCACUUCAGACUUCCUCAUAGGUCCCUGCUUCUUCCUGUCGUGUCCGGUGUCAGUGUUAGAGUUCAGGCAAUGGUUCAUAGACCUCUGGAACCACUCCAUCAUACCGUACCUGCAGGAGGGAGCCAAAGAUGGCAUCAAGGUACAUGGGCACAAGUCAGUAUGGGAGGACCCAGUGGAGUGGGUGAGAGGCACACUGCCUUGGCCCAAUGCACAGCAAGAUCAGUCUAGGCUCUUUCACUUACCUCCACCCAGCAUCGGUACACCCAGCGAGGAGAAGAAGCCCCCGAAAGACACGCCCCCAGCCAGCACACUGGAUUCAGAUCCAUUGAUGGCCAUGCUCCUGAAGCUCCAGGAGUCAGCCAACUAUAUAGAAUCUCCGGAGCGGGAAGGCAGUCUGGAUCCCUCUCUCCAGACUACACUCUGAGGAUAUCAUAACAGUCCAUCUGUGGAGCUACAAACAAACUCUGUAGGGCUGAAACAGCAGGUGAAGUCCUGAUAAGACUUUAAAAACAAAAUGAACUUGACAAUGUGCUCAAUGAGCAAGUACAACAUAAAAAGAGGAAUUUAAGGGAUUAAGGAGUGAUUAUGAACAGAGUGCUCCCUGAUCCUGCUAUCAGAACAUUGGAGAAAGUUUUUGUAGGAAACUGUGACGAUCACAUCAGGGAAAGACAUCGACGUGUCUCUUCUCUGCUCUGUUUGAAUAAGAUGGCUUUUAUUGAAUCUGCAAGUGCAUGGUGUCCAGAAUAUGAUGCAAAAUAUUACCUAUAAUCCUCGAGAUUAAGACCCUUUUGUCGACUGCCACAGCAUUCACUAACUCUUGGUGCUUACUGGUUUUCUUUCAUAAAACAUGCUCCAUUUGAUUAAAAAAAAAAAAAAAACACCAACCACAGCCGGAUUUUCCUAAACGUAGGACCACCAUGAAUAAGCAGCCAAAAAAAACAGCACUUUAUUUUUUACUCAUAGUAAUUGGAUUUUUUGUUUGUUUGAGUUUUUUAAAGGCUGUGUUUGCAACUGCCGCAGGAGGAUAUCGGAUGUUUGCAGUUCAUUAGCAAUUCCUCUAGGUGACAGCAUCUACUGAUUCCUCCCUCUGUGUACUUUCUGACUCAUCAAAGGUGCUUGGUAGAAGACAACACACAACUUUAAAAAAUGGCCUUGAGUUUUCUUAUUUUCAUCAAACCAAUGUGUCAUUAAGUUGGAUUUAUCAUGCAUCAGAUAUCAGAACUGUGAAAUAGUGGCAACGGCAACAUGCAUGAGUGAAUAAUACUUUGAAUGAUAGAGUUUUAUAUGAUUGUUAGUGGAUUGAGAGCUUUAGUCAAGAUCAUUUCUAAUACCAGUUACCGCAGAUGUGCUGACACCACCGAGCUGCCUCCCAUGUCAAUGCUGAAAAUUUCCUCAGUACUCAUGUGGAUGGUGCAAAAUAAUGAAUUUAGCAAACACUGACCCAACUAUAUUGUACCACAUAGGUGGAAGAACUGCUCAGUAUUCAGUCUGCCAAAACAGCCUACUAUUUCUGACUAUGCCUGCUUAUAGUGUGUAUUUAUAUGUCAGUUAAAGUCAAACUUGACUUGAAAUAGAUGAGGAUACUGCUUUGAAAUCUAGGAUUUUUUUUAGGAUUUUAUACUGAAUCAUCUGUAUUGAGUUCUUACCAUUGAUCAUGCGUGUUUCAGAGUGUCUUUAAUCAGUCAUCAAUCAUCCAACAAGGGGAUCAUUGAUUGGGGAAAAAACUGCCAUUUAAGUGACUGGAACCUCUAUAACAACCAUUUUCCAUCUUUAUUCUGUUUGUUUUUACAAUAUUGCACUUCUGUUCUAAGUUAUGGCAGUUUGACGAGGCUUCAUUUGAGGGGUUAAGAAUGGUUAAAUCUCAUUUUUGAGUUUCCUUCAUUGGUUUACACAUUUGAAAGAUUUGAUUAAUAUUUACUGCUCACAUCUCAACUGUUCUUGUGAAGAUGAUGAAGGAUCAUCUUUGGGUAAAAUGUGCUCAAACCUUGGUGCCCCUCGACCUUUGUAGUACCUCAGACUGCCACAAUCUGUUCAGAUCUUCCUCUAGGUUCCAAACAGGGUGCGAGUUUAAAGCAGACGCCUAAAUCAGAAUGUGCCUGAAACACUGUUUGCUUUUCAGCUGCAAUACCACACGGAGGCCUAGACAGCGACAUCAUCUGACAGAAGUGUCGCUUUUACAUUCAUGACCAGAUGUGCAUGGUUAGGUAGUUAUGGCUUUGGCUGGCAGUCAUGUUGAUGAACUGUUCUUAAAGAUAAUUUAUGUGUUUGCUGUGCAUUAGAAUGUAUACCGUGAACAGGCUGCUGAGCGGCAUGGAUGUGAUUUGGUUCCAUUUUAAAGCCAACAAACCAUAAGUGUCAGACACUUUGAGGAGAUGCCUGAGUGCAAAACAAAUUCAUCUGUAGAUGUAAUCUCAUAUUCCUGAUGUGUUCCAAACAUUUUCUUUCCUUAGACCUAUCACACUUACCUUACUGUGGGGCAGGGGGUAUUUUUUGGAUAUCUUCCUCUUACCAUGUUGUUUUUAAAGGCAGACAUUUGUUUUUAUUAUGCAAAUAUUUGUAAAGGUUUCUUUCUCUUUUGUACAUUACAUCAUUAUUGUAAACACUGUAAAUAGUGCAUCUGCGACAACAAUCACUGGAAUGUGGAGAUUAAGAGGUGUGGCCCCCUAUAUACAGAAAAUGGAGCAGUUUUAUUGUCUUCCUGCAACAAGUAGGAGCAGUUGGAUGAGAUAGGGGCUAGUAAUGGUUUUAUGGCAUGUUUCUAUGACAUCAAAACCCUUAUGUUUGACAUUGCACAGUAAACAAUAAAGUCAUGUCAUUCUUUACAUU